AUGUCUUAUCAACAGCAGCAGUGUAAGCAGCCCUGCCAGCCACCUCCUGUGUUUCCACCUAAGUGCCCAGAGCCAUGCCCACCGCCAAAGUGCCCCGAGCCGUGCCCACCCCCAAAGUGCCCCGAGCCGUGCCCACCUCAGCAGUGCCAGCAGAAAUGCCCUCCUGUGCAACCCCCUCCACCAUGCCAGCAGAAGUGCCCACCCAAGAGCAAGUGA